UUGUGCAUGCGAGUGGUUAGUUAAGAAAAAAAAAAGGCAAAAAAAAAAAACAACUCAACAGCAGCAGAGACAGCAGCGCCAACCGAUUAACGGAUUUCCACUCUUUUUUUCUUUUUACUCUCCACACGGUUGCUCAAAAUACAGAAUCACGACGACGCGACGAGCGAAAAUGGCCAAAAUGGAGGUCGACGACGUGGUCGACUUGAGCCUCAGUUCGGGCCGUGACCCGGCGUUGACCAUAACGCCGGCUCCGACUCCUCCCUCCGCCUCUCCGGCGGGGCUGAGUAAUCGGGACUUGAGAGCCCUGACGGCCAAUAAUGCCGGACUAACCAUAACACCGGCUACGGGUCCACCCACAAAUAAUGGCACCACUAGCAACAAUAGUAAUAAUAGCACCACCAGCACCACCAACAACAGCGCCACCAACUCAUCCAGCAGCACUACAAAUAACAACAACAAUGCCAGUGAAGCUGCCACAGGUGGUGGGGGUGGAGGAGGAGCAAGUGGGGGAGGCGGCGGUGGCGGUGGUGAUGAGAACAAGGUGCAGCGAAGAGUCCUGAGACCAAGAACCGAACCCAAAUCGUAUGCCGAGGCACCGGACAUUGUCCUCCUGCCGGCGAGAACCAAUGGCAGGCAGCAGAACGGCAAUAUCGACUCGGAGACGGAUGACGAGGAGAUGCCGCCGUAUGUGCCCAUCAAGGAGCUGAGCCAUGCGGAGCUCAAGGAGCGGGAGAAGAGUCUGCGGAAAUUGCGGCAGGAUCUGAGGAAUGAGGAGACCAAACUGAUGCUCCUCAAGAAGCUCAAGCAGUCGCAGCAGGUGAUGAAGGAGAACCUGGUGGUGACCCCGACCAGUGUCUCGCCGAACAAUCCGCUGGCAGCGAUUCCCGCGGCCCUCACCUCCAAGGGUUCGCUCAGUGUGACGCCGACGUCGGCGGUACCGCUGCCGGCGCACAGCAAGGGGAGUCGGAGUAGCCUAGGAAGUGGAGGAGCUGCAGUGAGCAUCAGUGCCACCAACAGUCGAACGGGCAGCUCCAGCUCCACGGCGGCAGCUGCCUCGGCCAUUGCUGCCGCAGCGGCGGCUCUGAGUGGCCAGCAACGUGGCAGCAACUCCAGUGGACUUCUAGGCAACUCCAUACUGCCGCCGCCUCGCAACUCGCUGCCACCGGGUGCCACAUUGGCCGCCGGCACUACCAUCACGCCCGCCACAUCCGCCUCGCAUCGGUCGAGCGCCCUGCCGCCGCGCACCAACCUGCCGAAUCUCACCAUCACGCCCUCGGUGACCAUAACGCCCACCUCGGCGCCGCCCUCCAGUCUGAAAGCACGCAAUCCUAAUCUUUCGGAUAAUUCAAAGGUACCUGGGACCAUUAGCAAUUCCGUAUCCAUCACACCGGCCCCGCCACUGUCCCAAUCGCAUCAGAAUCAUCUAAACGAUCUGAAGAAUGAUCGAUCCACGCCAAGAGAAGACGCCCAGACCCCAGCCCAGAGACAGGCGGCCGCCAAAAUGGCACUUCGCAAGCAGCUGGAAAAGACUCUAUUGCAGAUCCCACCACCAAAGCCACCACCACCAGAGAUGCACUUCAUUCCCAAUCCCAGCAACACGGACUUUGUCUAUCUCCUGGGCCUGGAAACUGUGGUGGACUACUUGACGGUCAACAAGAAGGCCAACAAUGUGGCGGCUCCCUUCCGUUGUGCCCAGUGCAAGAUUGAUUUUACGCCAGUUUGGAAAUGGGAGAAGCAGACUAAUAAGGAUCCAAAGGUGAUCUGCGAGCAGUGCGUCACUUCGAAUGUGAAGAAGGCCUUGAAGGCGGAGCACACCAAUCGACUGAAACAGGCGUUCGUGAAGGCCCUGCAGCAGGAGCAGGAGAUCGAGCAGCGACUGGCCAGCCAGAGCAGUCCCUCUCCGGUCGAUAACCAUGGAUCUGGAAAUAACUCGCUCUCCGUAUCCGCUGUCACCAGCAACUCCUCGUCCGCGUCGUCUUCGUCGCAUCUGCAGAGGGAGCGGGAACAGUUGCAGGCCAGCCACGCUUCAGCGGCGGCCGCUUUGGUCAACCUGCCGCCCUCUGUGACGGUGAUACCCACCAAAUGCCAGACGCCCACGCCAGCCACACCGCGUCCCACACCACCGCCGCCCCAAAGUCAGCCCACACCGCCGCCAACGAGCACGCCGCGUUCUUCUAGGGCGGCUGCCACUGCGGCCGCCGCUGCCAUUGCGGCCCAGCAGGCUGGCAUCUUGAGUCCUGGACCGACAGCAGCGCAUCAUCAUGAGGCGGCAACUUCGUCGAGAUCCUCCCGCAACGAUCGCCACGAUCAUCAUCACCAAUCGCAGCAGCAGCAGCAGAGGGAUCAGCGGGAAAGGGAGCAGCAACGCGACCAGCAGGCGCAACAGCAACAGCAACAGGCCCAGAGCUAUGACAAGUACUCGGCGGCCACGCUGGCGGCGGCUGCUCAUCUGAGUGCUUUGGGCGGCAUGAACAUCAAUAGCCUGGCCAGUCUGGGCAAUCUCGGUAAUCUGGGCAACCUCAGCCAGCUGGGAAAUCUGGCUGCCCUCGGCGGUUUGGGUAACUUUAAUGGAGCAUCCUCUGCUUCUAAUAAUCCUGCAGCGGCAUUGGGCAACUCCUCGCCAGCUGCCACAGCGGCGGCCAUGCAGGCCUUCCAGCAGCAGCUCUUUAGAGCUUUGGGACAAGGUCUGGGAGCCAAUCCGCAGCACAUGAUGCAGUUUGCACCACUUUUGUACUCGUAUCAGGUGGCCAUGGCGCAGGCGGCACAAGUGGCAGCCUUUAAUAACAACAAUAAGAAGAGCAGUUCGUCCUCCGGAUCGGGCAAGAACUCGAGCAGCGCCAACAGCAUGGCGGACGUGCAACGUGCGGCGGAGCUGCAGCGCCAGUACUUGCUGGAAAUGAUACCGCCGCAGCAGCAGAGCGGAGCCAGCGGCAGUCGCCAGAACAACUGGAAGGCCUAAAAGGUCUUAACUAAAAUAAAAAAUUAACAUUUUAAGAAGAUUAGAGAAGCAAGAAGAACUAAUUUUAUGGUUUAAUUGAUUAGAUAAUUUUAUAAUUUAGAAAACAAGUGAGAGAAAAACAAAAAAUAAGAACCAUUUAAAAAUUAUACACGUAUACAUUAAUUAUACUAUUUGUAAACAAUAAUUAUAGACGGAUGGAAGUGGCAGAAACAAACAAGAAAACAGAAACAGAAAAAAACAACCAUUUUAAAUAUAAUUGUUAGUAGUUUACAUUUAUUUUGUUACCGAACGGCAUUACAUAUUGUAUUUUUGAUUAUUUUGCCAGCAAGAAUAAUAGCAGCAGCAGCAGCCGACAAAUGAAUGCAAACUCUUACGCUCCUAGUAAUUGAAUAUUGAAUAUUAAUAAUAUUGAAUAAUAUUGAAUAAUAAUUGAAUCCUAGUUAGUAAGAUGAUUGCCCCGUUUUUCUAGGGGCCUCCUCCUUCUCCUCCUCCUCCUCCUACACACCAUUAUUCACCACCCACGCCCAAAAUUUUGUAAUUGUUAAAAAAAAAAGAAAGGAUAUUUUUUUAAGGAACCAGUUUAUGAAAAAGAAACUGCUUCUAUUUUUUGGCUUAUAUUUCAACCAUUUUUUGUAUCGUAAAAUUUCGAGUUUAUUUCUUUAGUUUUUUUUUAGCAUCGUGACUAAAAUUAUAAAUAAAAAAAGAAUAUGGUACAUAAAUAUACAAUAUAUAUAUAUUUUAUAUUUUUUAAUCAAUUUUAAGUAUAUACAUAGUAUUAGUUGUAAACAAAUUGUUAGGAUAUAAAAUAAAUUACGGAAACAAUUACAGAAAUUCUAGCAUUGCCAGCAGUAGAAGCAUCUCUUCACCAUUAAAUCGAACAUAAUCAUUUUCAAAUAAAUCCUCCACAUGCCUUAUCAUCCGAUACGUGUUACAGCUCCGAUACGAAGUUAUUAGUACUGUUAUUUAGUUGAGAAUCCAGCAAACAUAACACAUAAUACCAUACCAUAUAUGACUCUGUCACUUAGGACUGUUUUUCAUUUCAAUUAAAAUGCAAAACAUACAUCGAAAAUUAUUAUAUUUUGUACAUAAUAUACCUAAAAUAUACAUUAAAUAUAUAUAUGAGGUAUAUAUAAACACUCUUCCCAAUUAGAACUCAAAACAGAUAAAGAUACAGAUACAGAAUACAGAAUACAGAUUAAAGAUCUUCAGGUUUUCGUCGUCGAUCCUCCAUUCGAAAGGACAUGAGUAUAAUAUUGACUGAAUAUUAUUAGCAUAUACACAGAGUAGGAAUCUAACAGAAGCAGAGGCUUGCAUAAAUCCCUAAAUACGACUAAAACAUAUACAAUAUAUAAUAUAUAUAUUUUUGAUUUAUCGGCGGACGGACGGACAGUUGGUAGGUUUACACUUUCAGGCGAAUCAUUCGGAACACAAACCAAAUUCACUUUGGGCAUGCGAAAUCAAAAUGUGAUCAAAAUAUGAAAUUAAAAAUUAAACAAAAAUUAAAAAAAACAAAACCAGAAGAAGAAAUUAAUUAAAAAAUGAGUAAUGAGGAGGAAAGGAAAAAAUUCAUAAUUAUUUUAAGAUAAAUAAAGUAAAAAAAUAAAAACUAAAAUGCAUUGUAAUUCAGUCGGCAUCAGUUUCAGUGUGUAUGUGUGUUUGAAAUUCCAUGC